CUCCUCUCAAAGUCAACGAACCCUCUCUCUCAAUAAAAUCCAAGGAACCCUAACCCUAACCCUAAUUCAUCUGAGGUCGGGGAUGGUGAAGGGAGGCGAAGAGGGGAGCUGGUUCAUCUACAGCUUCGUCGCGAGGGGGACGAUGGUGCUCGCCGAGUUCACGGAGUUCACCGGGAAUUUCCCGGCGAUCGCCGCCCAGUGCCUGCAGAAGCUCCCCUCUUCCAACAACAAGUUCACCUACUCUUGCGAUCACCACACCUUCAACUUCCUAGUUCACGAUGGGUACGCAUAUUGUGUUGUUGCCAAAGAAUCAGUUCCAAGACAUGUCUCCAUUGCCUUCCUGGAGCGGCUUAAAGUAGACUUCAGAAAGAAAUACGGAGGUGGUAAAGCUGACACGGCAUCUGCCAAAAGUCUCAAUAAAGAAUUUGGACCAGUUAUAAAGGAACAUAUGCAGUAUAUUGUUGAACAUGCUGAAGAAAUAGAAAAGGUUUCAAAAGUUAAGGCCCAAGUUUCAGAGAUCAAAAGUAUUAUGCUAGAAAAUAUUGAAAAGUCUGUUGAUCGAGGAGAGAAGCUUACUGAUCUUGCUGAAAAGACGACACAUUUGCAUUCACAGGCUCAAGAUUUCAGAAAGCAGGGGACCAAAGUUCGUAGAAAAAUGUGGUUAAAGAAUAUGAAAAUCAAGUUGGUGGUUCUUGCUGUCAUCUUUCUCCUGGUGCUUAUUAUCUGGUUGUCUGUUUGCCAAGGAUUCAGCUGCGCAAAGGAGGAACAUAAAACUGAGAACUCUAUACCUGAAACUCCUUAAUCCACAUAUCUCAAAAUCCAGAGCACAAGAAAGUCUUAUUCCAUUUUCGAUUUGGUUAUUUCUUUACCUAAAGUUUCAGCUACAAAGAGUUGGAACCUGGCAACAUGAAGUAACUAUUGAUUGCAAGUAUGAGCUGUGGUUCCUGAUUGUCAUUGUUGUUUAUCCUAGACAACUAAAUUUUCGCGGUCUUGUAAUGCUUGUUGCUUUGCAGUUUAAUUUUUGAAGUUAUAUGAUGAUGUGUGGAAAUUUUGAGUAAAGUUCUAUUAUAUAUAUAAAAUGUAUGAUGAGGAUAAUUGUUGCUGUAUUUUCUCAGUGCAGUUGUUGUC